AUUGUUGUGAUAAACUUAUUAAAUAGAUAGGUUGGAAUGGCUGAUCCUGACGAAAUUCAAGUUGAUCCCCCAAUUCCAGAAAAUGAUAGUGAAAAUAAGCCCGAGGAGAUGUCUUCAGAUCGGCCUGAUACAAAGCGAACUGGAAGAGGUAGUAGAUCUAGCCAGUCAGGUUCAGAAGUAGAAGAGCCAGAUGUGAAACCCUACUUAAAAGGAAUGAUUGGUUUGAUAGAGUAUGACGAGAGUUCUCAUCUCUUUACUCCAGAAAUGGACGAUUUAAUGGACGACUGGAUAGAAAACAAAAUUAAAAACCGAUGCCUAUUUGUGUAUGUAGACGGAGAUGCAAUAAAAGUCACAACGGAAUUACCUCAUAAAACGGUACACUCAAUACAAUAUUUCGCCAAAAAAGGAGACGUGGAAUUGUUCAUGGACAACGUGGAACAGUUUGUCACCCAUGGCAUCAUUCACGUGCCUCACAUCGAGAGUCUUCUCAAGCAAAUGAAUGGAGCCUUUUCGCCAAUGUUUCUCUCGAACAAGACGUGGCCCGACAGCAUCAGAAAUGAUUUCACUUCCCACCUGCAGAGGUUCAUGGCCUACUUGACGGACAUGAGACAUAAGACCGAGGGCCAUACCAUCCUCUACAUCCCCAAAGAGGGCGCAGCUGCCGCGGAGGAUGUUGCGGCUGCAUGUGCAGACAAAGACUUGGUCCAGCGACUCGAAACCGUGAUGAUCCACUGGACGAUGCAGUUGAAGGAGGUGGUCUACGCUCAGGACUCGCAGGAGAUCACUGAGAACAGUGGACCCCUGGAGGAGAUAGAGUUCUGGCGCAACAGGUGUGUGGACCUGAGUAGCAUCAGCACCCAGCUGGACAAACCAGAAGUGAAGAAGAUCGAGAGCAUUCUGGACGCCGUCAAGUCCAGUUAUGUGGGACAGUUUCGCAAAUACGCUCAGCAGAUACAGGAUGGUUCUAAACAGUCGGAGAAUAACUUGAAGUUCCUGAAUAUUCUGAAGGAGCCGUGUGAUCAGUUGAGCAAGGCCAGUGCCAAGGAGAUCCCCCCUAUGCUGCCAAACCUGCUCAACCUUAUCCGCUUCGUCUGGACCAACUCAGACUUCUACAACACCAAGGAACGCAUCACUGGUCUUCUGCGGAAGCUGAGCAAUGAGAUCAUCCUGAGGUGUUCGAAGGAGAUCCACUUGGACAAGAUCUUUGAGGGCUACUGCAUCACCUGUGUCAACACCCUCAACCAGGCCAUAAACUGCUGCUCCCAGUGGAAGCAGACCUACGAACGGGUGUCUAAGGCACACCAGACAGUGACUGGACAAGAGUGGGUGCUGGACAAGACCAGUGUCUUCGCCCAAAUAGAAGCCUUCAUCCAGAGAUGCAGGGACCUCAUCGAGGUGUGCGAGUGCCAGAUGCACUUUGCGCGUUACGAAGACGGACAGCAGACCAAGAUGCCUAUCUUCCCUGGCCAGAGGGGUCCAGAUGUAGUGAGGAGUCUGCAAGAGAUUGAGCACACCUUCAGAAGGAACCUUGUCAUUCUCAAGGACAUCAAACACACAAUCUUGGACGUGAAAGCGACUUCGUGGCACGACGACUACAACAAGUUCCGAAAUGGAGUGAAGGAUUUGGAGGUGAUGAUGCAGAACACAAUCAGCAGUGCCUUCGAGGCAGUCAGGACCGUGGAGCAGGGCGUGGACCUACUCGACAUAUUCAGACACCUAUCUACACGCGAGACUAUCAAGCGUACCCUGGACAAGAAAGUGGUGGAGGUGGUCGGAAUGUUCUGUGAGGAGAUGAACAAGGUGAAGAAGGAGCUGAACAACAAGAGGCCCUACCUCUCACUCCAGUACCCUAAAUACUCUGGACAGGCGCACUGGAUCAAGGCACUCAAACGAAGACUGGACUACAACUUCAAGGUAAUCGAGGCAGCUUUCUUUGUGAACGAAACUCCCGUGUUCGAAGAGGCUAAACAGACUUAUCUGCAACUGACGAGCAACCUAGACGACACAGUGAGGAAACACUUUACAGAGUGGCAGAUGUUGGCUGAGAAGGAGAUUGGCAAGGGCAGCAAGAACGACGCCCACAAGAGACUGGAACAGCCGCUGAUGAUCAGGUCACACGACAGACACGGCAUGAUAGAGGUCAACUUUGACAGGUUCCUGCAGAAGCUGUUUGUAGAGGUGCACUACUGGCACCGACUGAUGUUCGAGGUGCCCCACUAUGCGGGCGAGGUGUACCAGAAGAGAGACGAACUCAUGAAGCUCAGGGAGCAGGUGCUGUUUGUUGUGCUGGACUACAACCGAGUUGUGUCUGCGCUGACAGCCGAGGAGAGGUCACUGUUCAAAGAGAGGAUCCGGUUCCUGGACAAGAAACUCCACCCUGGACUGACCAAGUUGAUGUGGGUCACCAAAGGAGUGUCCGAGUUCUUCAUCAACGAUUGCAGGAAAAACAUCGCUUCCAUCCAAAACGUGGUGGACGAGUACAAGUUCAACAACAUGAACGUGAGUGCCUCGUGCAAGAAGAUCUCAGAACAACUGAUGGUCGUCAUCAGGAAGGACAUCUACUCCAAUCUGGAGUUCGAGGAGGAACAGGCAGCUCAUCAGAAGAAGGUGGCAGCCAUCCUCAACGCGGAAAGGAGUGAAGUUGUGAAUUUCUUGCUGAAGACAAACGAGUACUUCAGACGAGACGGACCUGACGUCCAACAAGGAUUCUUCAAUUACACUGACAAAAUGGAUCGAAUGGUUGAAGAGGCGUUCCGACUCAACAUUAAGUGGUCCCUGCAGGAAUUGUCCAAGGCCAUCAACGGAGACGGAAAAACUCCGCCCAACCCCCUCUUCAAGGUCAAACUAGUCCUCGAGGACGACCAGAGAAUCGAGUUCGAUCCCACUCUUAAAAAGCUGCACAGCAUCGUGAACAGCAUCGGACCUCAAUUGAUCUCGAAGCUGCACAGUACACCUAGGUUACCUGACGUUCUCUCGAAGUUCAAGAGUUCGAAGCCUCCCUUGACCGAAGUGUUCGAAAACGACAACGAGAUUAAGAAGCUGCAGAAGACUAUUGCAGACGGUAUGAAUAAGAAUUCGGUGGACAUCCAUGAGUACCUGGUGAGGUGGGAUGGCUAUCGAGAGAUCUGGGAGAUUAAGAAGGAUAUGUUCAUCAAGAGAUAUCAGAGACUCAAUCCUUCCGUCGCUUCAUUCGAUGGUGACAUCGCCAGAUACAACGAGGUGUCGCAUUCGGCCCAGAAGGAGGACACUAUCACCAACAUCAGCUUCAUCAUGCUGGACAGUAGUCAGCUGAAGAGGGCCAUCCAGGAGCACUGCAAACUGUGGCAAGACAAGUUCACCACUCUGCUCAAGGAGAUCGCCAGCGAGAAACUCAACAACUUGACUGAGUUCUUCGAACAGCACUGCGAAAAAUUGCGACAGGAUCCGGCGGACUUGGAGGCGCUGGGAGAUGCGAUCAAGCUGCACGAGCAGUUGCAGGGCGAGAGGGACACUAUAGAGGGCAUGAUAUCCCCCAUCCAGGACCAGUUCGCUAUUCUGGAGAAGAACGAAGUGGCCAUUCCAGAGGAGACUCGAGAGAAGCUAGACAAUCUGUCAAACCACUAUCUACUCUUCCAACAAGCACUGCAGGAGGCGGAGACUAUAAUCAAGAAAGCGAAGGACAGAUUCAAGUCGGAUCUGAUCAGCAGUGCCGAGGAGUACAAGCGAAAAGUGGCCCAGUUCGUGGCCGACUUCUACUCCAACGGACCCUUCAGUGAGGAGUGGACGGCAGGGAAUGCGCUGGAUAAGAUCCAGAGUUACAGAGACACUAUUGCCAGUACUAGAGUGGACGAGACUAGAAUCAGGAAGGGGCUCGCUAUUUUCAAGAUCGAACAGCCGCCGUCCAAGGAGAUCGCCAAUAUGGAAAAUGAUCUGAAGACGCUGGACAGUGCAUGGCAGAUGACGAAGGAGUGGGAGGACAGCUGGAGUGGGUGGAAAGUGAGUCACUUCAGAGACAUCAAUGCGGACCAGAUGGAGACAGGCGCCCAGUCGCUCUUCAAGAAACUGGCCAGACUCGCCCGCGAGAUCAAGGACCGCAACUGGCCAAUUGUCGAGACCACCAAGAAAAAGGUGGAGCAGUUCCGAAGGACCAUGCCGCUGAUCACCGACUUGAAAAACGACGCCUUAAGACCCCGUCACUGGACCCAAAUUCAGGAGACCGUUGGGCAGACAUUCAACCACGAAGAGGAAAAGUUCACCCUCGAACUGAUAAUCGGGUUCGGAUUCGACUCUCACGCCGAAGAUAUUAACACAGUAUCAGGAUCUGCGAGCAAGGAAUUGUCCAUAGAAAAAGCCAUAAAUGCCAUAGCUGAGUUGUGGAAGGAAACUAAAUUAGAUCUAGGGCCAUACAAAGACAAAGGACAUUUCAAGCUCAAGGGAACUGACGAAGUGUUCCAGUUUCUGGAGGAUAACCAGGUGCAGUUGAGUACGAUGAAGGCGAGCAAGUUCGUCAAGGCCUUCGAGGACCAAGUGGACUACUGGGAGCGGACUCUCUCCAAGAUCCUGGAGGUCAUCGAGAUCACCCUCACAGUGCAAAGGCAAUGGAUGUACUUGGAGAACAUCUUCGUGGGAGAAGAUAUUAGGAAGCAGUUGCCGAAGGAGACAGCCGAGUUCGACAUGGUUAAUAGUGGCUGGAAGGAAAUCAUGACCCGAAUGAACGACAAUCCAAACGCCAAAGAAGCCACUCACCACCCUGGCCUAUUUGACAAACUGAAUGACAUGAACUUGAAGCUCGAGGACAUCCAGAAGUCCCUGGACAUGUACCUGGAGACUAAGAGACAGACAUUCCCGAGGUUCUACUUCCUGUCCAAUGACGACCUGCUGGAGAUCCUGGGCCAGAGUAGGAACCCAGAGGCAGUCCAACCCCACCUGAAGAAAUGCUUCGACAACAUCGUCAAACUGCGCAUGCAAAAGGCAGUUGGACUUUCCAACAAACUCGAGGGUACUGGAAUGUUCUCUGCCGAUGGAGAGCUGGUCGAGUUCACUCAAGGUCAAAACAAGACCCUGGACGGCGCAGUCGAAAACUGGCUCUGUGAGGUCGAAAAAUCGAUGCGAGCAACUCUCAAAGAGUCUCUUAAAAACACCCGUGCUGCUCUCAAAAAGAGUAUGACCAAAAGAGACAAAUGGUGCAAGGAUUGGCCAGGCCAAAUGUUGAUUUCUGCUUCUCAAAUUCAAUGGACCCAAGAUUGUACUAGGGCUCUCACUUUGACUAAAGAAAGAGGCAACAAAAAAGCGCUCAAGUCUUUGAAACGAAAACAAACAACUAUGCUUGACAAGUUCUCGGAAGCCAUCCGAACGAAUUUACCGAAGUUAAUGCGACUGAAAAUUGUGGCUCUUGUAACUGUUGAAGUUCACGCGCGAGAUGUGAUCGAAAAGUUGAUCAAGUCUGGUUGCAAUGACGUCACAGCUUUUGAUUGGCUGAUGCAGUUGAGGUUGUAUUGGGACAAGGAGAUAGACGACUGUGUUGUUAGACAGACCAGUACACAGUUCCAGUAUGGCUACGAAUACCUUGGCAACUCUGGAAGACUCGUCAUUACCCCUCUAACUGAUAGGUGCUACAUGACAUUGACUACAGCACUCCAUUUGCACAGAGGAGGAAGUCCGAAGGGUCCUGCGGGAACAGGAAAGACAGAGACUGUUAAGGACUUGGGCAAGGCAUUGGGCGAUUACGUCAUCGUUGUCAACUGUUCCGAGGGUCUGGACUACAAGUCCAUGGGGAGGAUGUUCUCCGGUCUCGCUCAGACUGGAGCGUGGGGUUGUUUCGAUGAGUUCAACCGAAUCAACAUCGAGGUGUUGUCUGUCGUCGCCCAGCAGAUCCUCUCCAUUCUCUCCGCCCUUUCCCAGAACCUCAGCCGAUUCACCUUCGAGGGUCGCGAGAUCAACCUCGUCUGGUCAUGUGGUCUCUUCAUCACAAUGAACCCUGGAUAUGCUGGAAGAACUGAACUACCAGACAAUUUGAAGUCCAUGUUCCGACCAAUCUCUAUGGUCGUGCCUGACUCGGCUUAUAUCGCUGAAAUCAUUUUGUUCGGCCAGGGUUUCGGAAACACGAAGGUCCUCGCCAAGAAAGUACAUACGCUAUACACACUUGCAAUUCAACAACUUUCCAAACAAGACCAUUACGAUUUUGGACUGCGUGGGUUGACUUCUGUGUUGAGAUAUGCUGGCGUGAAGAAACGACAAAAACCGGACACACCGGACGAAGAAUUGGUUCUUCUGGCCAUGAAAGACAUGAAUUUAGCCAAACUUACCGCCGCAGAUCUGCCGCUGUUCAACGGGAUAACAUCCGAUCUUUUCCCUGGAAUUGACGUCCCUACAGUUGACUAUUCCAAAAUGAAGACUGAAAUUGUAGCCGAGUUGAAAGCUCAGAAUUUACAAAAUGUGAUAUUCACAGAAACCAAAGUUAUCCAGCUGUAUGAGACGAAAAAUUCGAGACAUUCUACUAUGUUAGUUGGUGCAACUGGCUCUGGUAAGUCAACCUCUUGGAAGGUUCUCAGAAGUGUGCUGAACCGACUUAACGACAAAAAAGAGCCCUACUUGAAAGCCAAAGAGUAUCCAAUGAAUCCGAAAGCUUUGAACCUGGGUGAACUUUACGGAGAGUUCGACCUCAACACGAACGAAUGGACCGACGGUGUUUUGUCUUCAGUAUUCCGAAACGCUUGCGCAGACGAAAAAGAAGAAGAAAAAUGGAUUCUAUUUGACGGACCAGUUGAUGCAGUUUGGAUCGAAAACAUGAACUCAGUGAUGGACGACAACAAAGUUCUGACCUUGACAAACGGUGACCGUAUUACGAUGCCCGAACAAGUUUCUCUGCUGUUUGAGGUCGCGGAUCUGGCCGUCGCUUCUCCCGCCACCGUUUCUCGCUGUGGUAUGGUGUACUACGACGUUGUGGAUCUCGGGUUCAAACCCUUUGUCGCCUCUUGGCUUGCGGGACGGUCGGAUCAGCAUUCCGUAGAGCACUUGAAACGAUUUUUUGACAAGUAUAUCCAAAAGAUAAUGGAAUUCAAAAAGAUAAACUGUGAUGAAAUUGUUAAAGUUCCGGAGUAUAAUAUAAUCAAAAGUCUGUGCUAUCUUUUCGAUGCCGUAGCGACCAAAGAAAACGGUGUCGAUCAUUUGGAUGAGACAAACUACCCUCAAAUGCUCGAAUACUGGUUCCUGUUUUGCAUGAUCUGGAGCGUGUGUGCAGCAGUGGACGAAGCUGGAAGGAAGAAAAUCGAUACCUAUUUACGAGAAAUGGAGGGCACUUUCCCGAAUAAAGACUCGAUUUAUGAGUACUAUGUGGAUGGAAAGACUAGAACUUGGCAACACUGGGAGGAGAAAUUGAAAGGCGGCUGGAAAUUUGACCCUAAAUUACCCUUCUACAAACUAAUUGUACCCACUGUUGAUACAGUUAGAUACCAAUACUUGCUCAAAAUGCUGGUUAAAAAUGAGAAACCAGUACUUCUUGUCGGUCCAGUCGGAACUGGAAAAACCAGCGUUGUCCAACAAUGCCUUGCCGGAUUCGAUUCCGCCAAAAUUAGUGUCCUUAACGUCAACAUGUCUGCGCAAACGAGCUCGAACAAUGUUCAAGAUAUCAUUGAAACGAAAGUUGAAAAGCGAACCAAGGGUGUGUACGUUCCUCUCGGAGGCAAAAAAUUGGUUACUUUUGUUGAUGACCUAAAUAUGCCUUCCAAAGAUACUUACGGGUCUCAGCCGCCUCUGGAGUUGAUUCGUCAAUGGAUGGAUUAUGAGUUCUGGUACGACAGACAGCGACAGACAGUUAAAUACAUCAAAGGAAUGCAAGUAGUCGGCGCCAUGGGUCCACCUGGCGGGGGAAGAACUCAUAUCUCAGAACGUAUGCAGAGCAAGUUCAACGUUAUAAACAUGACAUUCCCUGCUGAAAGUCAAGUUAAACGGAUCUUCGGAUCUAUGAUUACCCAAAAACUAUUCGACUUUGAGGAGGAACUGAAGCCUCUUGCCGACCUUAUGACUCGUGCUACUAUCGAAAUGUACCAGCAAAUUACAGCUCGAUAUCUGCCGACACCAAGCCGAAUUCAUUACUUGUUCAACUUAAGAGACAUAGCUAAAGUGUUCCAGGGACUUUUGCGAGCUAAUAAGACGAUAAUUGAUAACAAAAACAGCAUGGUUAGGCUGUGGAUCCACGAAAUGUUUAGAGUCUUUAACGAUCGCUUGGUUGACAAUGUUGACAGAGAGGAUUUCAUUAACAUACUUGAUAAGAACUUGGGCGCUAUGUUUGAUCAGAACUUCCACAAUAUUUGUCCGAAUAGAGUCCCGCCUCUUUUCGGAGACUUCGUGAACCCAUCUCAGGUGUACGAGGACUUCGAGGAGCCGAAACCCUUGAAGGACUUCAUGGAUCUACAACUUGACGAGUAUAACACGUCGCCAGGAGUUGUAGCCAUGGAUUUGGUUCUGUUCAGAGAUGCAAUCGAACAUGUGGCGCGUAUCAUCCGUGUGAUUGGACAGCCAAGGGGCAACAUGAUGUUGAUUGGAAUCGGAGGCAGUGGCAGACAGAGCAUGACCAGACUGGCAGCCUAUAUCUGCGACUUCAAGACAUUCCAGAUCGAAGUCACCAGAACAUACAGGAAGACUGAGUGGAGGGACGAUCUGAAGCGUCUCUAUAGACAGGCAGGAGUUGACAACAAGCCCACUUGUUUCCUCUUUGUGGAUACCCAAAUUAAAGAAGAAUCCUUUCUCGAAGACAUCAACAACAUCCUCAGUUCCGGCGAAGUCCCCAAUCUCAUGAAACCAGACGAGUUCGAGGAGAUCCGGACUGCGUUAGCAGACAUCGCGGUCAAAGAGGGAGUCCCAGACACGCCCGAGAGCAUCCAGUCAUACUUCAUUGAGAGAGUGCGUGCUAACUUGCACGUGGUACUGGCUAUGAGUCCGGUUGGAGAACCUUUCAGAAACCGUAUUAGAAUGUACCCUGCUCUUGUUAACUGUACGACCAUCGACUGGUUCUCCGAGUGGCCUCGGGAUGCCCUUUUGGAAGUCGCCGAGAAGUAUCUCGAGGGAGUGGAUUUAGGCGAAGUUGAUGAAAAAUUCAAUCAGAAACAGGGUGCCGACCCGGACCAGCAUCAUGAGAACGCCCAACACGAAACCCCGCAUGGCCAUAAUUCGAUGAAGAGUAACGUGGCACAGGUGUUCACUACCAUGCACUCUUCUGUGUCCGACAUGUCGAAGAAGAUGUUUGAGGAGAUGAAGAGAUACAACUAUGUCACUCCUACUAACUACUUGGAGUUGGUCACUGGUUAUAAACAGUUGCUUGCGGAGAAGCGACAGGAGCUUGGAAGCGAGAUCUCUAAGCUGAGGAAUGGUCUCCUAAAAAUUGACGACACCUCUGAGAAAGUACAGGUGAUGAGCCAGGAGCUGGAAGUAGCCAAAGCCAAGGUGGCCAAAAUCAGCAAAGAGUGCGAGGAGUACCUGGUUGUGAUUGUGGGACAGAAGAGGGAGGCGGACGAGUAUGCCAAGACGGUGUCAGCCAAGCGGGAGAAGAUAGAAGAGGAGAAGGUGGCCUGUAAGGAGAUUGCGGACCAGGCAGAGGAAGAUUUGUCAGUGGCAAUGCCGGCCUUGCGGGAAGCCGAAACGGCACUUGACUCGCUAAACAAGAACGACAUCACAGAAGUCAAAUCGUACGCCAAACCCCCACGACUUGUCGAGACAGUCAUGCAGGCAGUCAUGAUCCUGAAAGGUAAAGAGCCGACAUGGGCUGAAGGCAAACGAGAUCUGAACGACCAGAACUUCAUCAAGUCGUUGAAGGACUACGACAAAGACAACAUGUCAGACCGGAUGUUGAAGAAGAUUGGACAGUAUGUCGCGCAGCCCGACUUCUUGCCGGACACCGUGGGAAAACAGUCCUCGGCUGGUAAAUCUCUGUGUAUGUGGGUUCGAGCCAUGGACAGUUAUGGGAAAGUGUACAGAGUUGUGGCGCCCAAAAAAGCUAGACUGGAAAAUGCACAGAAAGUGCUGGCUGCGAAACAGGCUGAAUUGGAUGAGGCGCUGGCAAGAUUAGACGAGGUGAACAAGAAGAUGGAGGAGCUGAAGAGGCAACACGAGGAGAAGGAGGCACAGCAGAAGGAGUUGGCAGAACAGGAGGCCAAUCUGAAGAUCAAACUGGACAGGGCAGAGAAACUGGUCUCUGGUCUGGCAGGCGAGAAGAUACGCUGGGAGGAAAAAGUGUCGGAACUGGAGGAGAACCGUGGGUUCUUAGUGGGCGACUGUCUAGUUGCGUCCGCCUUUCUCUCCUACUGUGGCCCCUUCCUGUCCGAGUACAGGGAAGAGAUGGUCAACAACAUCUGGCUCGCCCAGAUCAGGAGUCUCCAGGUGCCUUGCAACCCCUUCUUCUCCUUUGCCCUCUUCAUGUCCAGACCCACAACUGUGCGAGAAUGGAAUCUGCAGGGACUCCCGGCUGACCAGUUCUCGACUGAGAACGGAGUGGUAGUGACCAGAGGCACUCGAUGGCCACUUAUGGUCGAUCCACAGGGACAGGCCAUCAAGUGGAUCAAAAACAUGGAGAUCAAAAGGAGUCUGAAAGUGAUCGAUCUGCAAAUGCCGGACUUCAUGAGGAUUCUGGAAGGUGCCAUCCAGUAUGGAACUCCGACAUUGCUCCAAAAUGUACACGAGGAACUCGACCCGUCUCUGGAACCCAUCUUGAAGAAAGCGGUCUUCAAACAAGGUGGUCGACUGAUGAUCAAACUGGGAGACAAAGAACUGGAUUACCAUCAGGACUUCCGUUUCUACAUGACUACUAAACUGGCCAACCCUCACUACAGUCCAGAGAUAUCGACCAAAGCGGCCAUAGUGAACUUCGCCGUGAAGGAACAGGGCUUAGAAGCACAGCUGUUGGGUAUCGUGGUGCGGAAAGAGAGGCCAGAGCUGGAGGAGCAGAAGGACACCCUCGUGUUGAACAUCGCAGGCGGCAAGAAUAAGUUGGUGGAGCUGGAGAACGAGAUCCUACGACUCCUGAACGAGGCACAGGGAUCUCUGUUAGACGAUGAACAGCUGGUGAACACUCUGCAGCAAAGUAAGAUUACAUCACAGGAGGUCACUGAGUCCCUGGUGAUAUCAGAGGAGACUGAGAAGAAAAUCGACGCCGCCCGAGACGGCUACAAACCGUGUGCGCAGCGUGCUUCCAUUCUGUUUUUCGUGUUGAAUGACAUGGGAAGGAUAGACCCCAUGUACCAGUUCUCUCUAGAUGCAUACAUAGAUCUGUUCAAUCUCUCCAUAGACAGGUGUACAAAGAGUCCCAGACUAGAAGAGAGGAUCACCAAACUGAACGACUUCCACACAUAUGCAGUGUAUAGAUACACUUGUCGAGGUCUCUUCGAGAGACACAAGCUGUUGUUCUCGUUCCAAAUGUGUGCCAAGAUCCUGGAAGCUGCCCAGAAACUGAAUCUUGACGAGUACCAGUUCUUCCUCAAGGGCGGAAUUGUGCUUGACCGUGAGGAGCAAAUGGACAACCCAUGUAGCCAGUGGCUCACAGACUCCAACUGGGACAACAUCACAGAGUUGGACAAACUGGCCAACUUCCACGGGGUCAUCACCUCCUUCGAACAGUACCCCAGAGACUGGUCCAUCUGGUACACCAGCGCCGAACCAGAAAAGGCUGUUCUACCUGGUGAGUGGGAGGACUCAUGCAAUGAACUGCAGAGAAUGAUCAUCGUGAGAUCUCUGAGACAAGACAGAGUGUCAUUCUGUGCCACAACAUUCAUUCAGAACAAUUUGGGAUCACGAUUUGUGGAACCUCCAGUGCUGGACAUGGCUCAAGUGUGGGAUGACUCCAGUACAAAAACACCCCUAAUUUUUGUCCUAUCGCCAGGAGUGGACCCCACUGGGAACCUGUUGGCUCUGGCCAGUCAGAAGAACAUGGACGCCCGAUUCCACGCCCUGUCUCUGGGUCAAGGUCAAGCACCCAUUGCGACCCGAAUGAUCAAAGAGGGGGUCAAAGAAGGCAACUGGGUCUUCCUGGCUAAUUGCCACUUGUCUCUGAGCUGGAUGCCACAGCUGGACAAAUUGGUAGAGCAACUGCAAAUUGAAGAGACUCACAAAGAUUUCAGACUGUGGCUCAGCUCUAGUCCUAAUCCGGACUUCCCUAUUGCGAUUCUGCAGUCGGGUCUCAAAAUGACCACAGAGCCUCCUAAGGGUCUGAAGGCGAAUCUGAAGCGUCUCUACGGACUCAUCACAGACGACCAGUUCCACAAGUGUCAGAUGCAGAGCAAGUAUAAGAAGCUCCUCUUCAGUCUCUGCUUCUUCCACUCUGUCCUGAUUGAGAGGAGGAAGUUCAGACAGCUGGGAUGGAAUGUGUUCUACGGAUUCAACGACUCAGACUUUGAGGUGUCUGAGAACUUGUUGUGCAUCUACUUGGACGAGUACAAGGACGACACCCCCUGGGACACUCUGAAGUACCUUAUUGCAGGAGUGAACUACGGUGGUCACGUGACUGAUGACUGGGACAGGAGACUGCUGACCACCUACAUCAACGACUACUUCACUCCAGACGCAAUAGAAGUCCCAUUCUUCAAGCUUUCGUCGCUUCCCACUUACAUCAUCCCUCGAGACGGAACUAAAAAUUGGUAUGCCGAGGAGAUCAAUCGGCUGCCGACCAUGGACCAUCCCGAGGCAUUCGGGCAACAUCCGAACGCCGACAUCGCCUCCCAGAUCACAGAGACCCGAACCCUUCUCGAGACCCUGUUGUCACUGCAACCCCAGGUUUCAGCUGGCGCCGGAGGCCAGACGGUUGAGGACAAGGUGCUCCAGUUAGCUGGAGAUGUGCUGUCUAAAGUGCCAGAUCCACUGGACUACGACGGAACUGCGAAGAUCUUGAAAGACGAUCUCAGUCCAGUUAAUGUCGUCCUUCUCCAAGAGAUCCAGCGAUACAACUCUCUGCUGAAGCAGAUCAAGAGUUCCCUCGUGGACCUGCAAAAGGGCAUCCAGGGUCUGGUGGUGAUGUCUAGUGACCUAGAGGAGGUGUUCAGCUGCAUCAACGAGGCCAGAGUACCCCCUCAAUGGGCCAAGGCCUACCCGACGUUGAAGCCUUUGGGUUCGUGGACUCGUGACCUGAUCCAGCGGGUGGAUUUCUACGAGAAGUGGUGUUCAACCGCCAAGCCCCCCUCCAUCUUCUGGCUGGCCGCCUUCACCUUCCCCACUGGAUUCCUCACUGCCUUACUCCAGACAGCCGCCAGACAGAACAACAUCUCAGUGGACUCUCUCUCGUGGGAGUUUACUGUGUUGACCAUUGAUGACAGCAACAUCACCGGGCCCCCCAGGGACGGUGCCUAUAUCAAGGGACUGUACUUGGAAGGUGCAGGAUGGGACAAGAAGAACUCGACCCUGGUGGAAGCAGAGCCCAUGCAGCUGGUGUCUGGUAUGCCCAGCAUCCAUUUCAAGCCAGUCGAGAACAAACGCAAGGCCGGAAAAGGAAUGUACGCGUGUCCGUGCUACUACUUUCCCGACAGGGCGGGUGCCGGAAACAGGCCCUCGUUUGUGGUCGCAGUCGACCUCAAGUCCGGAGAGAAGAGUCCGGACCACUGGGUAAAGAGAGGGACAGCUCUGCUCAUGAGUCUGGCUACUUAGUGACUCACGAAUCAAAAGUUGAAAAACCAUGUCAUUCUCGUGAGAAUCGAAUUAAAUGCCAAUUGCCGAAAGAAAAAACUUUUCAUUAUCAUCAUAUCAAGCGCUGCUGACAAUGAAACUAUACGCUUAAAACUAGUCAGAAAUCACGAUGAAGUUUAGAUGAAGCGUAUCAUCUAACAUAAAUAGCCAAAAUUGUAAAAUAACGUAAAUGUUGAUUGUAUAUUAUGUUUUAUCUUGUAUAUUACAUGGCUCA